GUUGCAGACUGUUGGUUCGCUGUUCCAUCAGGCAUCAAUCAUUUACGUCGCCCUUUUUAUUAGUUUCCCAUCCAAUUAUCUCGAAGAGAUAAAAAUGAGCUGGUGGUGGGCUGGUGCUAUCGGCGCUGCUAAGAAGAAAUUUGAAGAAGAUGAAGCACCGAGAAGCUUCCAGAGCGUUGGGUUGGUAAUUGGAGUCACCGGCAUAGUCGGUAAUAGCUUGGCUGAGAUCCUACCGUUAUCCGACACACCUGGCGGCCCAUGGAAAGUAUACGGGGUGGCUCGUCGGCCCAGACCAAACUGGAACAUCGACCAUCCAAUCGAGUACAUUCAGUGUGAUAUAUCCGACCCGAUGGAAACCGAAUCGAAGCUCUCCCAACUUACCGAUGUCACCCAUAUCUUCUACGUCAGUUGGAUCAACCGAUCAUCCGAAGCUGAGAAUUGCGAUAUCAACGGUUCUAUGCUACGCAAUGUUUUGCGUUCCGUGAUCCCGAACGCACCCAAUAUAUGCCACAUAUGCCUACAAACAGGAGCCAAACAUUACGUCGGACCAUUCGAGUUGUUUGGUAAAAUCCAGCCGCAUGAUCCGCCUUUCACCGAAGAUUUGCCGCGGUUAAACGCUCCCAAUUUCUACUACACUCAAGAAGACAUCCUCUUUGAAGAGAUCGAGAAGAAAGAAACAUUAACCUGGUCGGUGCACCGACCCACUAACAUAUUCGGGUUUUCGCCUUAUAGUUUAAUGAACCUCGUUGGAACUCUUUGCGUUUACGCCGCCAUUUGUAAACACGAAGGCAGACCGUUGCUGUUUCCUGGAAGCAAAGCGGCUUGGAACUAUUACUCGGAAGCAUCGGACGCGGAUUUGAUUGCGGAGCAACAGAUAUGGGCGGCGGUGGAUCCUUACGCGAAAAACGAAGCCUUUAAUGUGUCUAACGGGGAUGUUUUUAAGUGGAAACAUUUGUGGACGGUUUUUGCUGAGCAAUUCGGGAUAGAACAAUUUGGUUUCGUGGAAGGAGAGAAUCGGGGGUUGCAGGAGAUGAUGAAAGGUAAGGAAAGUGUGUGGGAAGAAAUAGUGAAGGAAAACCAGUUGCAGAGGACGAAUUUGCAGGAGGUGGGGCUGUGGUGGUUUGUGGAUUUGAUAUUAUCGAUGGAGAUGCCUUUAAUGAGUAUGAAUAAGAGUAAGGAACAUGGGUUUUUGGGAUUUAGGAAUUCCAGGAAUUCGUUUGUUACUUGGAUUGAUAAGGUGAAGGCUUACAAGAUUGUGCCUUGAUCAUUCAAUCUCCUGCUUCAAGUUGUUUUGGGGUUUUUCCAAUGAAGAUGAAUUUCUGUUGGUCUAAAAUAAGUGGAAGGUAAGCUAUUAUGCAAAGGCACGGAACUUUUACAUGUAUUUGUGAAAACGUUUACCUUCAAAGUGAAGCCUUCGUUGUAUUUUGUGAAAAUGCUGUGUGGUUUUCUUUCUUCUUUACUUGUUUAUGAUGCUUUGUGUCUUUGUUAUCUUGUAGAAGCUUGAUUUAUUAUACAAUAAAACUUCUUGAUUAGAUAAAA